CGUAGAUAAAAGCAUUUUGAAAUCAGUGAUAACAUUGAAAUCAUCUUAUCUUAUUUAGUCACUAAAGCAUUUCAUCAUUCCAAAGGUAUAAAUCUUCAGUUGGAAUUAAGAUUCCUAAUCAUUAUUUCUUUACCCUUUUCUGCUACUAAUUUUAUUUUUCAAAAAUGGUUUACGAAAUGAAAGUAGGAGACCUUAUAAUUGAAGGCAAAACCAAGCAGAUCUUCAAUAUUCUCAAUGAGCCAGAUAAUGUCUUAAUGAUAUCAAAAGAUAGAAUAACUGCUGGUGAUGGAGCAAAAGCCCAUGACAUGGAAGGAAAAUCGGUAAUCUCGACUGCUACUACUGCCAUGAUCUUCAAAUACCUAAAUGAAAUAGGAAUUAAAACUCACUUUAUUAAUCAACAUGAUGAGAAAUCUUUGGUAGCCAAAAAAUGCAGUAUGAUUCCCAUUGAAUGGGUUGCUCGACGCCAUGCCACUGGCUCCUUUUUGCGAAGAAAUCCAGGCGUGAAAGAAGGGUAUCGCUUCUGCCCCUUAAAACUUGAGACAUUCUACAAGGAUGAUGCUAAUCAUGAUCCUCAGUGGUCAGAUGAACAAUUGAUUUGUGCCGAGUUAGUUGUUGGUGGUCUUAAAAUUGGAAAAUAUGAAGUAAAAAUAAUGCACAAAACAACAGCCUGCAUUUUUGAAGUUCUGGAAAAAGCUUGGGCUUCUUUAGGAUGCAGUUUAAUUGAUAUGAAAGUUGAAUAUGGAGUUACAACUAAUGGUGAACUUGUAUUAGGCGAUGUUAUUGAUAGUGAUUCAUGGAGGUUAUGGCCAUCUGGAGAUAAAAGACUUAUGGUUGAUAAGCAAGUCUAUAGAAAUUUGUCAACUGUAACACAGGAAGACUUAGAUAAAGUUAAAAGAAACUUUCAAUGGGUUGCUGAAAAAGUGAAGGAAUUUUUACCUUCUGCCAAAGGUCAAGUUGUAAUUCUAAUGGGAUCUGCAUCAGAUAAGAGUCAUUGUGCCAAAAUUAAAGAAGCCUGUGAUAAAUUAAAAAUUCCUACUAUCUUGCGAGUAAUGUCAGCACAUAGAGGACCUGCUGCUUUAUUAAAUAUCAUCUCUGAAUUUGAAGGUCAUGGUCAACCAACUGUAUUCAUAGCUGUUGCUGGCAGAAGUAAUGGAUUAGGUCCUGUUACAUCAGGGAAUACAAUAGCUCCAGUAAUUAAUUGCCCACCCAUUUCUUCUAACUGGGCUAGUGAAGAUAUUUGGUCUUCUCUUAGGUUGCCAUCAGGUCUUGGAUGCACUACAAUAUUAUUACCAGAUGGUGCUGCAAUUGCUGCUGCCCAAAUCUUAGCAUUGAACGAUCAUGUCAUCUGGUCUCGACUUAGAGCAAGGCAAUUGAAUGUGUGGGUUGCUAUGCUACAGACUGAUAAGGACAUAGUAUCUGAAGAAUAGUGCACAUUUUAGGGUGUUCUUUUUUUGUAAAAGAAUCAAACAUUUUAGUUGUCAUUCCUAAAUGUCUUUCAAAUCAAAGUAAUGUUUUUCUAUAUUCUAUGGAAAACUCAAGCACCAGUAAUUCCUAGUUCUAUUCUUAUACGGGUUUUUCUUAAUCAGCAUGCUAAUAUAUAUUUUAAGAAUUCUUAAAAUUUUCGAAAAAGUGUGCACAAUAAGAUACACAAAUAAAUUUUUCGAUAAGAAAAAGGAAAACUUUAAUAAAUCUUUGAUACGCAAUGCAAAGUUUCGAAAAAUCAGAUUUUAUUUGAUGCCUGAAAAAAAUUAGUAGAUAUAAAAAGCCACUAUCAGAAACAUCUCUAAGUUUUAUCAGCCAAAUUGGUUUUGAUGUUUCUCAAUAAUGAUUUGUAAGUAUUGCAACCUUAAAUAUCUAUUCUCAUAUGCUACAAUAUUUUAAAUGUUGCUAUAUAUAUUUUUGAGACUGAAGAAUUUUAAAUGAAUAUUUUGUUCCAUUUAUAAAAAACAAUAAAAUAUAUUGAUCAUAGAUCUAAUGUGAUCAUUUACUGUAGAUUUCUGUUUCAUUUUUUUAUUAUAUUAAAUGCAAAAUUUUUCAA